UACUUUGUUGUCCCACAGCCCAUCAGUAAUUUGUGUUGUCCCAACUUUAACUUUCUAGCAUCAAAAAACACAUCUAAUCACAUUAUUCCAUUUAUUCUCCAGUGUCAGAUUUGGACUAUUAAUCGACGGUUGAUCGAUGUGGACAGACAACAACCUAAGAAUCGGCUGUUCAUCCGCAAAUAUGCACUGGUUCGAUGUUGCAUGUGUGUAAUAACUAGAGUUUGAAGCGUAUAUGUGGUUAAACAUUAAAAUAGGACGAUGUGAUGCUUCAUGAGGAAUGGGAAGGACUGGGAAACUAUUAUCAGCUGUUUUUGUUCCACCACAGGUCUGACGAUCAUCGAUGCUGUUUUUAUCUCUGCUUCGUGGCUGUAAAGUCGAUUCAACACCAAACUUGGUGAAAUCUGACAAAUGCCACAGGCUUAGAUAAGACCAGCUCGGUGUCUAGUUUUUCGAGCGGACGUGCUCACUGCCUUGGAACAUUCUCUCCGCUGUGCGUGGAUGUGUGUGUGACUGUGUGUGAGUGUGUGUAUGUGUGUGUUGAGUGUACGCUGCCUCCUCUCGUGUUGAUGUCGACUGCCUGCCACUGUGGGUCUGACGCUGUAUUAACGGGAUAAAAAAAAAACACUCCAGGAAAGCCGUGACACGCGGAUACUUGUCCAGCAGUGACCCGUCCUGUCAGAACCACCGCCGGGUUCGGUCCGAGACGAUGAGCCAGCCGCGGCCGGACGAGUUCAAGCCUCCCCCGGAGUGCCCGGUCUUCGAGCCCAGCUGGGAAGAAUUUGGAGAUCCUUUUGCUUUCAUCAAUAAGAUCCGUCCCAUCGCCGAAAAAACAGGCAUUUGCAAAGUCCGGCCACCUCCGGGCUGGCAGCCUCCAUUUGCUUGUGAUGUUGACAAACUUCACUUUGUUCCUCGCAUCCAGAGGCUCAAUGAACUGGAGGCACAGACCAGAGUCAAGCUCAACUUCUUGGACCAGAUUGCCAAAUUUUGGGAUUUGCAGGGAUGUUCCCUGAAGAUUCCUCAUGUUGAGAGGAAGAUUUUGGAUUUAUAUAAGCUAAACAAGCUUGUAGCAGAUGAGGGUGGAUUUGACAUUGUCUGUCAGGACAGGCGAUGGACCAAGAUUGCACUACAAAUGGGCUUCGCUCCUGGCAAAGCUGUUGGCUCACACCUGCGAGCGCAUUAUGAGAAAAUCCUCUAUCCCUACAAUCUCUUUCAGAGCGGAGCAAACCUGCUGUGUGUUCAGAAACCAGCCCAGCCAGUACUGAGUCCAGGGGAGAAUCCAGACACCAAAGAGCACAAGCUCCAAGACCAGGGUCUGAGGCAGCCUGUCCAGAUGCCUGAGACCUGCCCCUCUGCUCGCAGAGCCAAACGCAUGAAGGCUGAGGCUGUCUUUGUGAAGACUGAACCUGGUGAAGUAGGGGACAACAAGCCGAACCUGAGGCGAAGGAUGGGCUCCUUUGUUGCCAAACCGGAACCAGAAAAAGAGAUUCCCAUUCCAGUGAAACAGGAACCAGUCGAAACCAAGGAACCAGUUAAAGAUGUUUCCCACAAGUCACGUUACAAGAAGAUCCUCCCUCCACUACUUCCAAGCCCAGUGGACCUGGUCGUGUGUCUGGUUUGUGGCAGUGGGGGAGAUGAGGACCGUCUGUUGCUGUGUGACGGCUGUGACGACAGCUACCACACCUUCUGCCUGAUCCCUCCACUGCACGACGUACCCAGAGGAGACUGGAGGUGUCCCAAGUGUCUGGCUCAGGAAUGCAACAAACCUCAUGAGGCAUUCGGCUUUGAGCAGGCUUACAGAGACUAUUCCUUGCGGGCAUUUGGACAAAUGGCUGAUGCGUUCAAAUCCGACUACUUCAACAUGCCAGUUCAUAUGGUUCCCACGGAGCUGGUGGAGAAAGAGUUCUGGCGUUUGGUGGGAGCCAUCGAGGAGGACGUUACUGUUGAAUAUGGGGCGGAUAUCGCCUCAAAGGAGUUUGGGAGUGGAUUCCCCAUUCCCAAUGGGAAGUUUAAAGUUUCCCCAGCUGAUGAGAAAUAUCUGAAGUGCGGCUGGAACCUCAACAACCUGGCAAUGAUGAACCCGUCUGUGCUGACUCAUGUGACAGCUGAUAUCUGUGGGAUGACGUUGCCGUGGCUUUAUGUUGGCAUGUGCUUCUCCUCCUUCUGUUGGCACAUUGAAGAUCACUGGAGCUACUCCAUUAACUACCUGCACUGGGGGGAGCCCAAAACCUGGUACGGCGCUCCCGGUUUUGCGGCAGAGCAGCUGGAAGAGGUGAUGAAGAAACUCGCUCCAGAACUGUUCGAGUCCCAGCCCGACCUGCUCCACCAGCUCGUCACCAUCAUGAACCCCAACACCCUCAUGGCCCACGGAGUCCCAAUUUACAGAACAAACCAGUGUGCUGGAGAGUUUGUCAUCACUUUUCCUAGAGCUUACCACAGCGGCUUCAACCAGGGCUUUAACUUCGCAGAGGCAGUUAACUUCUGCACUGUGGACUGGAUGCCUCUCGGCAGGCAGUGCGUCGACCACUAUCGUUUGCUGCAUCGGUACAAUGUGUUCUCCCACGAUGAGAUGGUGUGCAACAUGGCCUCAAAAGCAAAAACACUCGAUGUGGUCCUGGCAUCAGCGGUCCACAAGGACAUGGUCAUCAUGAUCAAAGAGGAGAAGGAGAUGAGAGAGAAAGUCAGAAAAAUGGGAGUGUUACAGUGCAAGGAGGCACAAUACGAUCAUCUCCAGGAUGAUGAGCGGCAGUGUACAAAGUGUAGGACCACCUGCUACCUGUCCGCUGUCACAUGUCCCUGCAGCCCUGGAACUCUGGUCUGUCUGCACCACAUUGCCAACCUCUGCAACUGCCAUGUCAGCAACUACACACUGAAUUACAGAUACACACUGGACGACCUGUUUCCCAUGAUGAAUGCUGUGAAGCAGCGAGCUGAGCUGUAUGAUGAAUGGGCUUCCCUCGUGACAGAGACUCUGGAGGCUAAACUGGAAAAGAAGAAAGGCCUGCCAGUGUUUCGCAACCUUCUCACUGAAUCAGAAUCCAAGAUGUUCCCCGACAACGAUCUGCUGCGUCGACUACGUCUGGUCACGCAGGAUGCGGAGAAGUGUUCCACGGUGGCACAGCAGCUGUUGAAUGGAAAGAGGCAGACCAGGUAUCGCUGUGGAAGUGGGAAAUCACGAAGCCAGCUGACUGUGGAGGAGCUGCGUUCAUUUGUGCGGCAGCUGUAUAAUCUCUCCUGCAGUCUCCCUCAAGCUCCCAUGUUGAAGGAACUCUUGAAUCGGAUUGAAGACUUUCAGCAGCAUAGUGAGAAGGUCCUGGCAGAUGAACUUCCUAGUGUCGCUGAGAUCCAGAGCCUGUUAGAUGUGAGCUUUGACUUCGACGUGGAGCUCCCUGAGCUGCCACGCCUCAGAGUGAGGCUGGAACAGGCCCGUUGGCUGGAGGCAGUGCAGCAGGCCAGCAGCCAGCCCGCCACCCUGACUCUGGAGACCAUGAGGAGACUCAUCGACCAGGGAGUAGGUCUGACCCCACAUCCGUCUGUAGAGAAAGCCAUGGCUCGGCUUCAGGAGCUGCUCACUAUGUCUGAGCACUGGGAGGACAAGGCAAGCAGCCUCCUUAAAGCCAGACCUCCACACUCCAUAGAGACUCUAAGUACAGCUGCUGAGAAGACAUCUGGCAUCCCUGCUCACCUCCCAAACUGUCUCCUCCUGAAAGACACGAUCAGAAAAGCCAGAGAGUGGCUUCAGGAAGCAGAAGAGCUCCAGACUAGUGCUUGCAUCCCGAUAGCGGAUCACCUGUCAGACAUGGUGCUCAGAGGACAAGCCAUUCAAGUCCACCUGGAGCCCUUAGACAGGCUGGAGACUUUAGUGGUAGAAGUGCAGGAAUGGAAAGAAUCGGCAGCUACAGUAUUCCAUCAGAAAGACUCAUCCCUUUCUUUACUGGAGAUACUUUGUCCAAGAUGUGAAAUUGGAAAUAUAGGAUCUCCAAAGAGGAAGGCCAAAAAAGCGAAAGAAUCACCCAAAACUAACAAAAAGAAAACGAGACUCAACAAUCUUGGUGAUGUGGAGAAAGCGCUUUCAGAGACCACUGAUUCUACCUCUGCAAUGGCGACUCUGGAGGAGCUACGGGUAAGGGAGAUGGAGGCUUUCUCCAACCUCAGGGCAGCAAACGAGUCAAAGCUCCUCCCCACUGCAGACUGCAUGGACCUGAAGGUGUGCGUUUGCCAGAAGGCUCCUAUGGGUGCAAUGCUGCAGUGUGAACUCUGCCGGGACGCCUUCCACAGUGUGUGCGUCAGAGACCCUUCGGACCCCUGCGAAGCUCAGCCGUGGCUCUGUCCGCAGUGCCAGCGAUCAGACAAACCUCCCCUGAACAAAGUCCUCCCCUUGCUGGCGUCUCUGCAGAGCAUCGGCGUGCGCCUGCCAGAGGGUGAAGCACUGCACUAUCUAGUGGAGAGGACGGUUGACUGGCAGCAGCGUGCUGAGCAGAUUUCACAGUCAUGUAAGGUACCGGAACUGGAAGACAGACCAGGAACUCCUCCCACACUGACCCGCUGGGCAACAGGCAGCCAUGAGUCCCUCAACAACACUCAGGCUCCAUGUUUGACUCCAGAAUGGAAUAGGACCAGCCAUGCUCAGACGGUGUUCUACACUGAGCAGAGAUGCAUACCUCUGCAGGGUUUGAGCCAAGAAAUGGAGGAGCUCAUGGUGGAGGGGCUUCUGCUGCAGGUUUCAGUGCCAGAAGUGCAGAGUCUCUACCAUGUUUUACUCGACCGAGCCACCAACCAGCACACAAACACAUGCAUGUCGCCACCACAGGACGAUUCAGCAGACUGUGACAAACACAUGCAGUUCACUUCUCAGGAAAAACAUCUGCCAUCAAACCAGGAUUGUGUCAACAGCUCAGAGAAGAAAGCAAAGCGACUUCUGGAGAGGGAAAAUUUGGAGACAGAGUGCAGGGGGAACGACAAAAAGCACUCGUACAAAAGACAAAAGAUGAAUAAAAAGCCCCUGCAGCGCAGGCCGGCCUCGACCUCCUCCUCUCCUCGCUCUGAUUUCUCACAGUCUGAUAACUCAGAUGAGGAAAUGGCCGUGUGUCCAGCAGAGAGGUGUCAGAUGCCAGAGGGAGACGAGGUGGAUUGGGUCCAGUGCGACGGCAGCUGUAAUCAGUGGUUUCACCAGGUCUGCGUGGGCGUCACGGCUGAGAUGGCAGAGAAGGAGGACUACAUUUGUGUCAGGUGCACACUAAGCGAUGGACGUGUCAGAAAAUGAAGAGAAACAUUUUUUUUCUUUUGAAGGAUGGUAAAAGUCGCCUGUCAUGAAGCCACCAUUCUGGAUGUGUCACUGAUCCUGUACCCCCCCCCACCCCCACCCCCACCCCCCUUUCCUCCCAACCCUGUCCCAUCUGUCCAACACUUUUGUAACAACGGUGCUAUCUCCUCUUUGACUUGUUGUCCAGAACUAUAAUGUUUGUUAAGUUUAGGUUUUUUUUUUGUAUUUUUACAUAUAUAAAUAUAUAUAUAUAAACACACAUAUAUAUAUAUAUAUUAUAUAUAUUUCUUUCUUCUUAUGAAUUGUUUGUGGUUGUCUAAAUGAUAAAAAAAAAA